AAAGAAUCAAGUUCUCAUAACGAAUGCUUGGUUAGUAAUGGAAUGGAAGGACGAACGCAUAAGUUGGAACCAGUCUGACUUUGGAGAUAUGUCUAUUGUCCGUAUUCCAGCAAGAUUGCUUUGGCUGCCAGACAUUGUUCUUUAUAACAAUGCUGACGAUUACACAACUGGAUUUAUGAAUGUGAAUGCAAUGGUACAUGAUAACGGAAAUGUAUUCUGGUCACCACCAGUGCGGCUACGUAGCUCAUGUAAAGUGGACAUAACAUAUUUUCCUUUCGAUACACAAAUAUGCAAACUGAAAUUUGGUUCAUGGACAUAUGACAAGGCUCAAGUUGAUCUUCUCAACCAGGCUGAUUUCGUUGACGUGUCAAGUUAUGUGACCAAUGGAGAGUGGCGACUAAGCAGGUUUGAAAUUGUUCGUAAUGAGACAGUGUACCCAAUCGGUGACGCCGUGUAUCCCGACGUUACCGUUGUUUUGGUCAUUCGUCGCAGAGUUCUGUACUACGUGCUAAACAUUAUUGCUCCAUGUUUCUGGCUAAACAUAUUAAGUGUGUUAAACUUUGCCCUUCCACCAGACGCCGGUGAGAAAAUGACUCUCGGCAUCACAGUUCUUCUAUCGUACUCAGUCUUUAUGCUACUUGUAGCUGACAGUAUGCCACCCACAUCGGAAUUUGUACCUCUCAUUGGUAUUUAUCUAACCGUCUCAAUGGCCAUGUCAUCGGUGUCUGUAGUUUUAUCAGUAAUGGUAAUGAAACUUCACCACUGCGUCCCGAAUCAGCGUGAGGUUCCACCGUGGGUGCGGCGAUUCGUUUUGAAAGGCCUAUCAAGUUUCUUACGAUGUCGCUGCAAACCUGUAUGUCGGUUCUCCCGACGUCGUCGAGUCAACAUGAAACCAAGCGCUGCCGCUGCUGAGAGACUUGCUGACCCGACCGAGAUGUGUACGAAGUUAAUGAACGAGGUGAGUGUUUCAACAAAUCCGAAACCAUAUAGAAGGGAAAUUGGAAUGUUAUCAGAUAUAAGGACAGAGUUUUCCAGUACGAGAGCGCAGAACCCUUUCGCCGGAGACAACGGGAGUGACCUUCCGGAGCACGAUCGUCGAUCAUUUUUCUCAGAGGAGGCUCUCAAGUAUUUGAGGCUUCUGGUUGCUAAAAGCGACGAAGAAGACAAUCAAACUGCAAUUAUGGACGAAUGGAAACAAGUGGCACUCGUCAUUGACAAAUUACUAUUCUGGACUUUCCUAUUUAUAACAAUCAGCACAGUCGUUGGGAUUUUGGUCAUUGUGCCUCUUUUGGUAACAGAUGAUGACGGUGCAGGUCUUUAGGAUUAAGUUAUAGUAUGUGUGAAAAUAAUAUUUGUUUAUGGUAUAACGCAUUACUAUUCUAUUGAACGCACAUAAGGUUGAUAUUGAAGCAAAUUGUAUAUACAUACCAUACAUACAUAUAUAGAUAUGUAAA